UAUUGCAGUUUUUUCACAGUUUGAGAACUGCUGACCUGGUAGACCUUAUGACCUUCCUCUGACCUCUAGGGAGCUAUCCUGGUUUUCUGGAUAAAGUAUUUUUGAAGGAAAUCUUCUAUAAAACCAAGUAUGUCAGCACCGAGCCGUCUCACAGUAAGUGCUGAACUCAUCUUAGCCCAGGUGUGGACUCACUGAGCUCUCUGAUCUGCAUCUGUAUUUGGUUCUGGACUCAUGUGAGACUGAACAGAAGUAGAACCAUGUCAGAGACCCUCCAGCUGCCCGCGUUGCAGAUCCAGGGCCCGGCAGACGGGGAGUGCAACGGAUCCGUGGUGGAUCCGGCCCUGUCCAGCUUGGCCAGCCCGUCUCUGCGCCGCAAGCGCUUUAAAAUGCGCCGUAUGAAGAAUGUAAUGAGCGAGAAGGAGCAGCUGGAGAAGGAACAGCUUCAGCAUUCCGGCUCCAAGGAGUACCUGCAACUUCCGUCCAUUGAGAUCACGCCGUCCAGCGACGAGGACGCGGUGUGGUCGAGCUGUUCCACCCCCAGCGCCUCGCCCCAACGCAGACGCUUCCUCCUGCGCAAGUGGCUGAGGGGAGGAGAGAAGAAAGAGCACGGCAGUGAGAGCAGCAGUCAGCAGAGCAGCCUGCAGAGCAGCCAUGAGGAAGAGACCACACGCUACCUGAGCCCGAACACCCGUGAGGACAGCACUGCCAGUAACUCGAACCGCAGCACGCCGGCCUGCUCACCCGUCCUGCGUAAACGCUCACGCUCCCCAACGCCCCAGAGUCCAGAGGGAGAGAACAUGGUGGAAAAGAGUUCAGAUCAUUCCUCCGAUAAAUCCCCUUCCACACCGGAACAAGCAGUCCAGCGCACCUACAGCCAGUCACUUCAUACCACCCGCCCUGGAGGAAAGAAUUCCAAGUCACACAAGAGACUGUCUAAAAAGAGUCAAAGCUGGUAUAACGUUUUGAGCCCCACAUACAAGCAGAGAAAUGAAGACUUCAGGAAGCUCUUCAAGCAGCUGCCUGACACGGAGCGCCUCAUUGUGGACUACUCCUGUGCCCUGCAGAGAGAUAUCCUCCUGCAGGGUCGCCUCUACCUCUCCGAAAACUGGAUCUGUUUCUAUAGCAACAUAUUCCGCUGGGAAACGCUGCUGACCGUGAGGUUGAAAGAUGUUUGUUCCAUGACGAAGGAAAAGACUGCAAGACUCAUCCCCAAUGCCAUCCAGCUGUGCACAGACAAUGAAAAGCACUUUUUUACCUCAUUUGGGGCGAGAGAUCGGACGUACAUGAUGAUGUUCAGACUCUGGCAGAAUGCUCUACUAGAAAAGCCAUUGUGUCCCAAAGAGCUGUGGCAUUUUGUCCAUCAGUGUUAUGGGAAUGAACUUGGUCUGACCAGUGACGAUGAGGAUUAUGUACCUCCAGAUGACGACUUCAACACCAUGGGCUGUUGCCCCUAUCCCUGGUGCAGGUACUGUGAGGAGAUUCCUGCUGAAGACAACGAGGCCAAUGACAACUGCCCCAAAACUCCAGACACCAAGAUGGACAUCAGCCCCCAGCUCCACAGGAAGGUUUUCCCCAAUAGCAGUCUCAAUUCCACAGACAGCACAGACGCUCCAGUCAAUUUUGAUGUGCCCCCAGUGGAGGACUUUACUAACUGCGUCCCAGAAGACCUCCUGGCCUUGCCUUUACCUGACAACAAGCUGUCAGAGACCAGUGGCUCCGCCCAUGUUCCCGCCCCACCCCCCUCCCUGGAUUUCAACGACAAUGAGGACCUCCCCACUGAACUGAGCGACUCCUCAGAAACACACGAUGAGGCAGGGGAAGUGCAGGCUUUCCAGGAAGAUCUGAAUGGGAAGCUUUACAUUAAUGAAGUGUAUAAGUUCAGUGUGGAUAAACUGUAUGACAUCCUCUUCACUGAAUCCCAGUUCAUGAGAGAGUUUCUGGAGCAGAGGCGCUUCUCAGAUGUGGUCUAUCGCCCCUGGAGGAAAGAGGACACUGGUAAUCAGACCAGAGAGAUCAUGUACACCAUCGCCCUCUCCAACCCACUGGCCCCAAAGACAGCCACAGUCACAGAGACACAGACUUUGCACAAGGCCAGUCAAGUGAGCGAGUGCUACAUCAUUGAUGCUGAGGUGAUUGCUCACGAUGUCCCGUAUCACGAUUACUUUUACACACUCAAUCGCUACAUGCUCACUAGAGUCGCCAAGAACAAGUGCCGUCUGAGAGUAUCAGCUGAACUGCGCUACAGGAAACAGCCAUGGGGAUUGGUCAAAGGUUUCAUUGAGAGGAACUUCUGGAGUGGCCUGGAUGAAUAUUUUAGGUAUUUAGAGCUGGAGUUGAAUAAGGUACAACUGGUGCUAUCUGAACCUCACAAACAGUCUCCCAAAUCCAAAGCUACAGUGAGGCGGAGGAAGCGGCCCAUGACGCACAUGAGGCAGCAGCACUUGGACGAGGCGCUCAGCCCAGUCACCACACCUGAGGAUGAGAAGAGUGUCAUCCGUCGCAUCAAACAUGUAGCAGGAUCCACACAGACCAGACACAUCCCGGACCACGGAUCUGAAGGCCUGGCUCUCUACAGCGUUUCCAAACUCUUGCUCAUCAUCAGUUCUGUUCUGGUGCUUCUGGUCUUUUUGAACAUGAUGCUGUUUUAUAAGCUAUGGAUGCUGGAAUACACAGCCCAGAGUUUGACCUCCUGGCAGGGUCUCAGGUCUCAGGAAAGUAAACUUCCGCAAACACAGAUUGAAUGGGCUCAACUUUUGCAGUCUCAGCAGCGUUUCCAUGAAAACGAGCUGGAGAAAUGGAGGGAAAUAAUAAAGUCAUCUGUGCUGUUGUUAGAUGAGUGGACCACAAAAGGAGAAAAGAACUUUACUGGUUGCUCUUGUUCAUGCAAUUCAACAAAGUGAAAAGGAUGCAAAAGCAUCAUGAAAUUGAUGAGAGAGUCUCUAACAAAGCUACAGAAAGGUAUCGGGUUAAGAGACUAUGAUUCAGACAGUGAAGAAAGGAGAAGUCGUUAUCACUGACAGAGUCCUGGCUCAGCGAAUUUAAUGAACAUCUCCACAUGUAAGCGAUCAGAUGAGCUGGGCGGGGCUGGAUGGGGCGGAGCAUUGUAAGUGGGCGGCACUGUCUGAACGGUUCUCACACUCACAGUCUGGCAACAGUGCUGUGAGGCCUUUCUGACAGCAGACACUGAAGCAAACCCACUACUUUCUCCGUCUUUAGAGCUGAAAUGCAGUCAGAGAAAUCGGUCUGUUCACCUAGGGCUACAACAAAUCCACCAAAACAAUUCAACUGUCACUGCAAAACAGACGCAGACUCUCUGGUUUAAACACUCGGAAAACUUGAGCGGAUGUUGGAACUCGGCAGCAUCACUUUUUUUAAACCUUUUGGAGUCUGGGACCAGAUAAAGAAAAUAUGGAGUUACUAUCAACAAGUGUUACGUGGACACGUACACAUUUAUUUAUAAAAACAAAAUAUGGAAUUGAAUGAUAUUAUGAUAGAUAUAAAAAUAUAUAAUUUCUAUGUAGAGCUAUAUUUGUUGCCAGAGUUCAUUUGUAACAGGCUUCCAUGGAGAAUCAAGGCUGGUUCCUUGAUAGCUUGCGCCAUGGUGCAUCAACUAUAUGCAACUGGUUCAUCCUCCUCUGUUUGGAGAAAUGACUUCCUCUGAUUGAUUGAUUUGCAAUGGCAAAAGAACCACGGUCACUGAGGAGUAGAAUCAUCUACUGAGCGUCAUCAGCUGCAUUCCAGUGUUCAUACUACUACCCAAUAAAAGUACAUACGGUACUUUUAGGCAUAUAGUUAGGACAUGGUUAAGGCCCAGACUUAUUUUUCUACAUUCCGCACCAUCUUGCGCACAGUUGAGUGUGUAAGCCUUUCAAAGUACACUCCAUUUACAGUGAGCGUGAAUUGUUGAGUUUGGCAAGUGUGGACCUUUCUUUUCAAGCGCUCAAAUCACUCUCACAUGAGCUGUUGUUGUGCACAAGUUGGUGUGGAUGCAAAAAUCAGGCUGUAUCGUGGACAUUAAGGCAAUUUUUCAGUCUUCUUUACCCACUUAAUGUGAAGAGUCAACUAUAAGAAAUCCGAUUCAGGUCGAUUUGCCUGAAAAGUGAAACACUGUGGCUCUUUGGUGCUAUCAAAACAUCUCAACCAGCUUGAAAUGGCAACAUUGGCUCAACCAGUGGCGUGAGUUUAGGGUGAGACUAUACCAAUGGUAGACAGCACACACUUAUCUAUACUAAUAGAGUACUGCAUCAGUGGCAUAUUUUUGUAGGCCAUAUUUUUGUAGGCCAACUUCUGGGUUGGCCUACAAAAAUACAUCACCACCUUGCGCACUAUUAUGAGGUGUAGUAUGGAAAUUGGGAUGCAGCCAUAAAGCCUGUGGUCAGCCAAACCUCUCAUGCAGUAACAGUUGUGGUACAUUACUGGUUAACUACAGCAGGUCCACCUCAGCCAAUGGCAUCCAUUCAUUUGUGAAUGAGUUAUCAUUACAUGAAUGUGUUUCCUUUCUCCCUCAGGGUUCAUUUAUAUCCUGCGGGCAGCUUUAAAGAACUUAAUAUUGCCAAGCUUUGAUUUUAAAGCCAUUCCAUGUUUUUUUUUUUUUCAUGUUGUAUGUUGUCGUUGAUGCUGAACCAGCUGCUGGACAGGUGAGAGAUGCACAUUGGUCAAGGGAUUUGAGAAAGUAUUUAAUGUGGCUUUAUUAGUGGAGUGGAGCUGAACAGACUUUCAUCUUGAAAAAGUCCAGCAGUGGGUUUGUUAAGAAUAAACUGUGAAAAAUCCAGGAUAUGCUUGAAUUUCCAAAAAGAAACUGAGCAGUAAUCAGAACAUUUGGCAAUAUAAUAAACAUUCAACCUCAUAAAAAAGUUCAAAUGAACUGUAACCUCUUGAGGUGCCAGACGUAAGCUCUCUCACACACAAGUGGAAAAUGUAUUUAUAGUCAGUCCUAGAUUGGCCUCUAGUGAUAUUGAGCCAUGGUGCUCAUGUGGGCAACAUGGGUUCAAGUCUUGUUUUAUUUCCUGAUCUUGUUUCCCCAUUUCCUCCUCAUCAAGAAUAGUUCCGAAAGUCCAAAAUAUAAAAUUAGAAAUGGAAUUUAUCUAUUUCUAGGCAGCAAUUUCACAAUUUAAAGAUGGUUCUGAUUUGUAUAUUUAAAUAUCAGGUGGGGUUUUCCCCCACUUAUUGUACAACUCAGAGUCCUACUGUAGUUUCUUUUAUGGAAUUAACAUGUCCAGUUUUCAGUCUCUGGCAUUGUUAAAACCAAUGUAUGAACUGAUGAAAAGAGACAGAGAGCUGAUGGCUGGUUCAUUGGGUAACUAGGAAACAUUUGGUGACUAAAAAUAGUAUCUGCAGGUUAUAGUGAUCAGCUUGCGCUGUUUAUGCUAAACGGUCAGUUAGUUCUUAAGAAUGGUCCAUGCACAAAAUAUAUUUUUUCAUUAUGAUUAUGUUCCUUAAAAUCAAUCCAGAACAGGGACUACAAGUUCAUUCAUCCUCAUAGUCAUUAAACCAAUAUGCAGUAUUAAAUGUGCAAUGUGUGUUCAAGUAGAGUAAGUAGCGCUGAAACUCCACAAGAACUAUCUGUGGGAAUGUAUUUUCUAGCUGAAAGACUAUCCUUUGUUUGGAUGGUUUUUGAAGCACAGGUGAUUUAGAGGGCGUAACGUCUUUUGAUGUCAAGCAUUGGGAGGCCACAGUAGUGCUGCCACAUUGCUCGCUGUUGGGCCCUAAAAGUAUUAUUUUUCAACAUUUUCUGCGAACAGUUACUUCUGCUGUAGCCUGUGUGCGCAGACAGGAUGGUUG